GUUUUUUUUGCUCAUUCCCUUGUGCUUGUGUUGCCUGUGCCAGUGAGUGUGUGUGCGCGCCUGAGAGUGUCUGUGUUGCUUUUUCCCAUUCGUAUUAUUAUGACAAUAACAAAUGACAAGACGAUUAAUGCCCUAUAAAUUAAAAGUGACCAAAUACACAUAAGUCGAUGCAAUAUUUUUCGUUCAUUAUUGUUGUUUAUUAAAUUUUUAUUUUGUAAUUGAAUUAAGUUUAGUUGAUCGUACAAAGCGUAUAUUUAGGCAAAAACAAUGGAAAGUAGUCGUGAAAAUUCAUUUUGGAAACACAAUGGUCGAUUGGUACCGGGUCGUCCAAGUCCGAAAAAAGAAAACAAAUUGCUGGCAAAAAGUGUAAAGGGUCCAAUUGGUUCAACAUCAUUUCAAGACUUUCAGAAUUCGGUGCGUGACGCUUGGGAUAUUGGUGACGAUGAAUUUUGUAUUGUGUCGGAAAUGAGCAAUGCGAAAAUCUCGAAAAAAGUGUCACAAUCGGCCGCCUUGAGUGUCAUUAAAACGCAUAAAAAUUUCAUUGGAAUCCAUCAAAGCAGUGAUAACAAUGCCCAAAAGGGGGCUGGUUCAGUGUCAACGACGGCGACGGCGCCAGCAGUGACAGCAGCGGCAGCAGCAGCUGCGACCAGCGCCAAUUCUCAAGUCAAACCACCACCAGAACGAUCUGAUGAAUGUAGUGAUAAUUCGGAAGGGUGUCAUCAAAUGUCAUCGAAUGUUGUUGCAUCGGAUGCCCGAAAUGUGGCCAAAUCAUCUUCGUCAGAAUCGAUUCGACCAAAAUUGCGGUACAUGAACUCGUUUCCAGGUCGUCCGCAAUUGCAAAAAUUUUCAACGCAAUUGUCGUCACGUGACGUGGAGUACGAAUCAAAAAUUGAGAAAUUCAAAGCAUUACUCGACGAUCCGCAGCUGAAUUUACGUGAUUUAAAAGAGCUCAGCUGGUCGGGUAUACCGAAAAAAAUGCGCGCUGUCACAUGGCGCCUACUGUCGGGCUAUGUGCCAACGUCAUUUGAACGCCGCAACUCAAUUUUAGAACACAAACGACUGAACUAUUUAAAUUUAGUUGAACAAUAUUUUCGCGUUGAGAGCAGGGACGAGGCGCAACAAGAAACAUUCCGUCAAAUACACAUUGAUAUGCCACGUAUGAAUCCACAUAUCCGACUAUUUCAGCAAACACUCGUACAGGAAAUGUUCGAACGCAUUCUAUUCAUUUGGGCUAUACGGCAUCCAGCAUCUGGCUAUGUGCAAGGCAUCAACGAUUUAGUAACACCAUUUUUCAUCGUAUUUCUGCAAGAAGCGCUUGAAUCCGUCGAUCUAAUCGUUGAACUUGAUACAUUCAAAUUGGACACGCUGUCGAAAGAGCAAUUAAAUAUUAUCGAAGCCGAUUCUUUCUGGUGCUUAUCAAAAUUUCUCGACUGUAUUCAGGACAAUUACAUAUUUGCACAGCUGGGAAUACAGGCCAAAGUGAAUCAAUUAAAAGAGUUGAUACAACGAAUCGACGGAACCCUUCACAAUCACUUACAAUCGCAUGGUGUUGACUAUUUACAAUUUUCGUUCCGCUGGAUGAAUAAUCUCCUAACCAGAGAACUGCCAUUACAUUCAACCAUCCGUCUAUGGGACACAUAUUUAGCCGAAUCAGACGGUUUCGCAGUAUUUCAAUUGUACGUUUGUGCGGCAUUUUUGCUACAUUGGCGAGAGCAACUACUCAAGGAGACCGAAUUCCAGGGUUUGAUGUUGUUGCUGCAGAAUUUGCCCACACAAAAUUGGAAUGACUCGUAUAUUGGUAUUCUAGUUGCCGAAGCAUAUCGUUUAAAAUUCACAUAUGCUGAUGCUCCGAAACAUUUCGAGGGCAAAAGCUGAUAUGGUGGACACAUGACGCAAACGUUUUUUUAUUAAAUAAAACAACAACAAUUACAAACAAGAAGAAAAAAAAGAAGAAGAAAAGAAACUGAAAAUUUUACAACAGAGUUUAAUAUUUCACGUCGGAAACCAAUUUGGAAUUAAUUUUAAUAAAUUCAAUAAAGAUUAGUUAUACAAAA